GGGGAGAGACGCGCGCUAGGAGGCGCUGGAUCUCAGUGCGCAAAUGAGUCAGUCAAUGUGUGCGGAGGUCGUCCAGUUUCUCUCCAUCAUUUAUGAUCGCUGUUUCCUCCGAUCACUCCUGCCAUCCUGAGCGACAAAACUGCGACAUUCAGUCCAGUGAAAGAUCAUGCACAACAUUCACUCAUGUUCCCGGGGCUCCUAAAUGCCCAACCGCGUGCGUAAAGGCUUUCCAUUCACCAGAAUUGUUUGGCUGUCACUCCGUGCGCUCUGCUUCGGAGAAGAAAGAAAGAAACUCUGAUUUUUUAAAGCUGCUUUGGGGUUAAAUGUUGAAGCUGGAUGGCUGGAGCUCAGCCUGGCGUUCAUGCGCUUCAGCUCAAGCCGGUGUGCGUUUCGGAGAGUCUGAAGCGAGGCAGUAGAUUUAUGAAAUGGGAUGAGGAUUCGUCUACGGUGACCCCGGUGACGUUGCGUGUCGAUCCGCAGGGCUUCUUUCUUUACUGGACCGACCAGAAUAAGGAAACUGACCUAUUGGACAUCAGCCACAUCAAGGAUGCAAGAACAGGAAAAUGCACCAAAACUCCAAAGGGCCAUUUCCAUGAAGGAUGCAAAGAUCAUCUUUUCAGAGAGGCGAAGCUUCGAGAGCUACUGGAUGUCGGGAAUCUUGUGGGACGGAUAGAGAACAGAAUGUUAACAGUGGUGACGGGUCCUGACAUGGUUAAUAUACAGUACCUAAACUUCAUGGCAUUUCAGGAGGACGUCGCCAAGGAGUGGGCAGAUGAGCUUUUUAGUCUGGCGUCCAAUCUACUCGCUCAAAACAUGGGCAGAGAGUUGUGUCUGGAGAAAGCUUACACGAGACUCAAACUGCAGCCCAAUCAGGAGUCUCGAAUUCCUGUGAAAAACAUAUUUCGUAUGUUUUCGGCUGACCGGAAGCGUUUGGAAACGGCACUUGAGAGCUGUAACCUCCCGUCCGGCCGGAACGACUCCAUCCCUCUGGAGGAUUUAACCCCUGAGGUUUACAAAUCAUUUAUCAACAACCUCUGCCCGCGAUCUGAGAUUAACCAAAUCUUCACUGAUCUUGGUGCAAUUGGUGCAAAGAACACAAACUAUCUCACCAUGGAUCAGAUGACUGACUUCAUCAAUAACAAACAACGAGACCCGCGGCUCAAUGAGAUCUUGUACCCACCACUGAAGCCCGACCAAGCCCAAAUGCUCUUGGAGAAAUUUGAGCCGAACCCAGAAAUGAUUCAGAAAGGGCAAAUCUCUGUUGAGGGCUUUGCAAGGUAUCUGAUCAGUGAAGAGAACAGUGUCAUACCUCCAGAAAAACUCGACCAGAGUGAAGACAUGACUUACCCCCUGUCUCAUUACUUCAUCAACUCAUCCCACAACACAUAUCUCACAGCGGGUCAGCUAGCAGGAAACUCCUCCGUGGAGAUGUACAGACAGACACUUUUAUCCGGCUGUCGCUGUGUGGAGUUGGACUGCUGGAAGGGUCGUACGGCAGAGGAGGAGCCGGUAAUCACCCACGGCUUCACCAUGACAUCUGAGAUCUCAUUCAAGGAGGUGAUUGAAGCUAUCGCCGAGUGCGCUUUUAAAACGUCUCCCUUCCCCGUCAUCCUGUCCUUUGAGAAUCACGUGGACUCUCCUAAGCAGCAGGCUAAAAUGGCAGAAUACUGCAGAUCGAUAUUUGGAGACGCGCUGCUGACCGAACCCCUUGAGAAAUAUCCGUUGGAGUCUGGAGUUCCUCUGCCGAGUCCUCACGAGCUCAUGGGAAAAAUUCUCAUCAAGAACAAGAAAUCUCACCCUAAACCAUCAGACGGAAACACAAAGAAGAAGCUGUCUGAGCAAACGUCCAACACCAACAGUGAUUCGUCCAGCGUGUUUGAACCGUCAUCACCCAGUGCAGGACCUGCAGCGUCUGCAGAGGUGGAUGCAGAUGAAGAUGAUGAGGACGAGGAUGAAGACGAUGACUGCAAGAAAUCAAUGGAUGAGGGAACGGCGGGGUCCGAGGCUUUCGCCACUGAAGAAAUGUCCACGUUAGUUAAUUACAUCCAGCCCACCAAGUUUCACUCCUUUGAGAUUUCCAAAAAAACAAAACGCAGUUAUCAGAUGUCAUCGUUUGUGGAGACAAAAGCACUGGAGCAGCUGACAAAGACCCCUGUGGAGUUUGUGGAAUAUAACAAGUUUCAGCUGAGCAGAAUUUAUCCUAAAGGAACGCGUGUGGAUUCCUCAAACUACAUGCCUCAAGUCUUCUGGAACGCUGGCUGUCAGCUCGUAGCACUUAACUUCCAGACCAUUGAUCUUUCCAUGCAACUCAAUCUGGGCAUGUACGAGUACAACGGGAAAAGCGGUUACAGACUGAAGCCGGAAUUCAUGAGACGGCCGGAUAAGAAUUUUGAUCCGUUUACGGAGAGCACAGUGGAUGGGAUCGUAGCCAAUACUUUAUCAGUAAAGAUCAUAUCAGGACAGUUUUUGACAGAUAAGAAGGUGGGUGUCUAUGUGGAGAUUGACAUGUUUGGACUUCCAGUUGAUACGAGACGUAAAGCUUUUAAGACAAAGACGUCCCAAGGCAACGCCAUCAAUCCUGUGUGGGACGAGGAGCCCAUCGUCUUCAAAAAAAUCGUUCUGCCCACUCUUGCGUCCCUGAGAAUAGCCGUGUUUGAAGAAGGUGGAAAGUUCAUCGGUCAUCGUUUAAUUCCCGUCUCCGCCAUCAGACCAGGUUAUCGUUACAUUGGUCUGAGAAAUGAAAAGAAUCAAGCGUUGACUCUUCCAGCUUUAUUUUUGUAUAUUGAGGUCAAGGACUAUGUACCGGAUACGUUUGCUGAUGUUAUCGAAGCGCUCUCCAACCCGAUCAGAUACGUGAACUUAAUGGAGCAGAGAUCCAAACAACUGGCUGCUUUGACUCUAGAAGAAGGAGAAGAAGAGAAAGACAGCAAAGAGGCUGAAAGCAGCGUUGAGCACCCUUCAGAAGUUAAUACCGAACCUCGACCCGCCCCAAUAGAGAACGGCUUGAGUCACACGCCCAGCGCCGCUCCUAAACCUGCUUCUCAGAUCAGCGCACAGCCACAGUCCACAGGCUCAUUAAAGCCGGCUGUGAAGACUGAAGAUCUGAUUCACAGCGUUCUUACAGAGAUCGAAGCUCAGUCCAUAGAGGAAUUGAAGCAACAAAAGGUGUUCGUUCGGGAACAGAGACGACAUUACAAAGAGAUGAAGGACCUGAUGAAGAAACAUCACAAAAAAACCACCGAGAUGAUCAAAGAACACACGGCCAAAUACAACGAGUUCCAGCACGAUUACCUGCGCAGACGCGCCGUCCUCCUGAAAUCUGCCAAACGAGACGGUAAGAGGAGGUGUUUGUCGUCCAGUCCAGAACACGGACCUUCGUUCUUCGAGCAGGAGGUGGCCAAUCUGGAUCAGGAGAACCGACAGAAACUUUCUGAACUGAAAGAGCAACAACAACAGCAGCUACUGAACCUCCGUCAGGAACAAUAUUACAGUGAAAAAUACCUGAAGAAAGAGCACAUCAAACAGGUUAUUGAGAAGCUCACCGUCAUUGCAGAAGAAGGUCAAAGCAACCAGAUGAAGAAGCUGAAGGAACUGUGUGAAAAAGAGAAGAAAGAACUGAAGAAGAAAAUGGACAAGAAGAGACAAGAGAAGCUGAACGAAGCCAAAACUAAAGAGAAACAUCUGACAGAAGAAGAGAAACUGGAAAUCAACAGGUCGUAUGUCAAUGAAGUGGUUCAGCAUAUUAAGAGGUUGGAAGAUGCCCAAACCAAAAGACAUGAAAAGCUGAUAGAGACUCACAAGAGCAUUCUGCAACAAAUACUAGAUGAAAAACCCAAGCUUCAGAACGAUCUGGAUCAGGAAUACCAGGAUAAAUUCCGUCGGCUUCCGCUGGAGAUCCAGGAAUUUGUGCAUGAAAGCACCAAGAGAAAGACUGAGGAUGGAGAUCAGGAGGUUCUGCCUUCUUCUGCAACACUGGAGAAACUCAUGCAGAAGGGCGCCCAGUCUGAAGAUGACCUAGAGGAAGAGAAGAAGGAUUUAACCGUGUGAUGUUUUAAAGGCUUCACGAUCUCAUUCCGCUUCACCUUUACUUUCGAUCUUUUACAUAUUUGACGUUUUUAAGGAUUGCGUUUUCUCCAGAAGAUAUCAACAGCAGACAGCAGGAGAAUCUGUGGUAACAAGCCAUGGACCUUCUCACCAGAAACCCAUGGCUUAAUGUCAUACGGAAAAACAUUUGAUUAGGAGUUCUUUAUCAUUUUAUUUUAUUUUAUUAACUAUUUGUCUACUUGAUCUAAUUAUUUUUAAAACGAGUAAAACCGAAUAGUUUUAUUGUUUUUGGCAGGUGCAGGUCAUCAACACUGUACAGAGAGACUGUAGUCAUGAUGAUGAUGAUGAUGAUGAUGAUGAGUGAUUCUCAUUGAAACACAAAGGUCACAUUUCACUCCAAAAUCAAAAGAAAUAAAAGUGUAAAGGAUUCUCAUUGGAUUCUUAAAAAAAGUAAUGCUAUUUUAUAUGAUUUUUCAUCUUGAAAUCUGACCUGUACGUUUAGUGAGAUUCACCCUUACAUAUGAGAGAGUUUGUGAAAGUCGUCUGUUUUAUUUGCACUGAAAUGUUGAUGAUGAUGAUGUUGAAUCAUCUGUUUGCUGCUGAUGGUUAAUUUCAUUCUCGAGUGCUCUGUUGUGUAUAUUACAGAAGCGCUCACAGGUGAUUUUUACACCCACUGCUGGACAUGAAACCGAAACCGAGAUGCUGAAACACAGAGAGCGGUAACAGUUGUCAGGGACGCAUGCUUUCAGCCAAUCAAACGCUUCCUGCUUCUACACAUACAUGUAUAUGUCAGCAAUAUAGCUCGUGUUGUAAUGUGAUAACUAUCAAUUUGUGAAGAUGUGUUUAAACUUAUAAUCAUUAUUUAUUUUUUAAAGCCAAUAACAAACAUACAUCUUUAUUAAUUCUGUAUAUUUCUGUUUUAUUUGCUGUUUAAAGGGACCAUUUUAAAAUCUUCUUAUUUAUGUUUAGGAGGUUUUAUGAAGCUCUACUGUAAUGUUUUGUUAGUUAAUAACUAAAGUUUGUAAUGUGGGCAGAAUUAGCAUAAAAGUGAAUCUCAUGAGAGCUCAUUUCAACCCAACAUAAUAAUAAAAAAUCUUUAUUCUGCAUAGAUAAAAUGAGGCUGUGUAGUUCUCGAUAAAGAGAAUCACUUUAGGGUGAAAAAUGUUAAAAUGUGCAUGAUGUCAUGAUCAAACAAAUUCCUGUAAGCAAAAAAAAAAAAAAAGCAUCUUUAUGGGGUGAUUACACAGAGUUCCUGAGAUUCACCCCAGUGUUUAUGAAAUACAGAUAAAGAAGGCAAAAAAUGAUAUUGGAUAUGCACUUUGGAGGUAUUUUCAUGGUUAUGCAAUCUUUCUAUACAAGUCAAAUAGCAUGGGAUUUUCCUUUAUAAUAUAUCAUCUUGUUAUGGACAUUUAAUGCCAAGUCAAAGUUGGUUGUUGAUUUUUUUUUUUUAAUAUGUUAGGUCAUAUUUCUCAGAUUACUGCUUUCUUUAAGCACCUUGUUUGGCUGUUAUUUUACCUCUUUAUUUCAUUAAUAUACUGUAUGAUGUAAAUCACUGAAAAGUGCCAAAUGUUUUUUGUUUUCUAUUUUAUGUGACUGAUGGUUCAAGAAAACCACCAGAAAUGAUAAAAACACAUUGCAUGUUGCAUAACACCUGUUUAGUCUAUUUACAGACUAAACUACUGGACUAUUUGCUUUAAAGAGACUCAAAUGUUAUUGGGAAAUUGAUGCAGUUGCAGCUACUAAAGAGAGUUUAUCAUUUAUUAUCAUCAUCCCUGCAUUAUAGUUUACAUGUAAAAUCAAUCCUUGUAUAUUCACUUCUAGGAGUAUUGUAUUGAAUUUUUACAACUUUCAAUUGAUUCUGUGCUAUUGUUUCCUUUUGACCAAAAUCUUUUUGCAAUGUAAAAUUACUUGAAUUCCUUUUAUGACUAAGAUUAUUUUUGAUGGGUUUAAAGUGAAGUCCUGUGCCUUUGAAUGUUUAAUCUAUGUUAGAUGUGGAAUGUAAAGUGAUGAUGAAUAGAUGCUCAUUUUUGUAUAAACCGUAAGCGCACUUUUAAGACAUUUGUACAACUACGGAAUUAGAGAUAGAGGUGACGGGUCAAACUUUUCACCAUUGUUUCACUGAAUGCCACUAUAUUGUUUUACAUUUAAUUGAUUUCUGAUUUUAACAUUUAAGAACAUUUUGUCCAGUUUGGUUGUUAGUCUAACCAAUAUCAACAUCUUUGAAAGACAAAUAUUGUUGAAUGUAAGUUGUGCUUGUGCUGUGCAUUGGUUUUAAUAAAAUGGUUAUUGUGAAAUUUGGUCUUUGAAGAGUAUGAAACAUUAAAUAUAUAUUUAUAUAUAAUUCAUUUCAAG